AUGUCAAGAUAUUUUAAGCUAUUACACAUCAGCACCGCCUGCAUUCUGCUUCUGAUAAUUCAACAAACCAGUACCACUUUGUUAAACGAAGUACUUAUACCUGAUGUGAACAAUGUACCGUAUUCACCACUACAACGCGUCGCAAGAGAUGCAAAGUAUUCUAGAGAAAAGUACGCAAGGUACGCUACAGAUAGUACCGACAAAAAUUUGAAGCCUGAUGAUACAGCGGAUAGAGACAGCGGUACUAAUCCCCUCGGAAAAAGGUGCAUAAGCUGCGUCUCCGCCGUGCUGGAUAAAUACCCCUACAACGAUAGGAACCAGUACCAAGACAGGAACCGGUACAACUACGAUGACUACAGAAGGAACCGCGACUACGAUUACGACGACAGGGACAGGUACAACGACAGAGACCGCACCUACGACAGGUACGACCGGUACUACCCGGAGCGUAACCAAUACAACAGAGGCCGCGACAGAUACGGCGACCGCGACCGGUACUACGACCCCUACGACUACGACAGGAGCUACGAACCGUACGACAGGGGUUACGACCGGUACGGGGCCCGCGACCGGACGUACUUCGAUCCGUACGAGCGGUACGACCGCGACCGUUUGUACAACGACAGGGGCAUCGGCUACGACAAUCGAGGCUACGACUACAAAGGGUACGACAACAGGUACGACACGUACCCUUACAGGUCCUCCGACAGCCGGUACCCGCCUGAAAGGGACUACGGUACCACCGGGUACGCCAACAAAUGGAAUUACAGAGAUAAUAGAGAUGAUUAUUACAACAGAGAUAGGUAUCCAGGAUAUCGCCCACUUAAUAAGGACCCUGUGAGGGAUUCCACGAGAGAUCCUGUUAGAGACCCUUACAAUGACACGUACAGACCGACGAGUUAUCUCUACGGAAGGCCUUCUUCAACUACACUCAAACCUCCAACCCCUGAAGAAUCCAAUACACAGGCUCCUCAAGGAAAUGCAGGGUAG